AGUUUACUUGUUACUUUUCUCACCUCAGACCCGAUGGUGCUGAAAGAGGAGAGCCAAGAACGAAACGAGUAUCGCCGCGAUUUCAAAACGGAAGAGGAAUCGAUCGGUUGCCGCCGAGUCGAAAAGACCCCCUUGGCAAAAACGGCGCAAGCCGCAGGCGUUGAUUCUCGGCCGAGCGCUCGUCCCGGAGAGGCCCCUUUCACCUGCCAGCAGUGCGGAGAGAUCUUACCCCACAAAAGAAGCUUUAAAGUCCACGUGAAAAUCCACGCCGAAAAGCAGCCGUUGCUGUGCCCUCAGUGCGGGAAGAGUUUCACGCGGAAAUACAACCUCAACUCCCACAUGAGGACGCACACCGGCGAGAGGCCCUACCCCUGUACGCAGUGCGGGAAGAGCUUUUCGCAGACGAGCCAGCUCAACGUCCACAUGAGGAUCCACACGGGAGAGAAGCCUUUCAGCUGCGAGCUCUGCGGCAAGAGCUUCAGGCAAAGCGCCGAGCUCAAAGCCCACGCCACGACGCACACCGGAGAGAAGCCUUACGCGUGCCACCAGUGCGAAACAGAGAGAACAUGA